GGUGAUGCCAUGCCAGAAUCCACUAGCAAUAGAUUGCAGGACAGUACGAACCCAUAUUCCUGCUUCGUCAACUGGUCAGGUGUUUAAAGAAGGUGCUGAUUGUUCAGUAGAAGGUGGACUGGUGUGUGUCAACAAUGAACAAAGACCAGGUUCUCGAUGUCUUGACUAUGAAAUUAGGUUUCUUUGCCCAAUGAAUACACCAACAGCGUCCUGGUCUUCAUGGAUAGACAGAGAUGAUGCUAGUGGCACUGGUGAUUGGGAGGAUAGGGAGAGCCUCGAAAAGGGACUGGGUGCGGUGAUGCCAUGUCAGAAUCCAAUAGCAAUAGGAUGCAGGACAGUAGGAACCCAUGUUCCUGCUUCGAGAACCGGUCAGUUGUUUAAAAGGGCUUCUGAUUGUUCAGUAGAAGGUGGACUGGUGUGUGUCAACAAUGAACAAAAACCAGGUUCUCGAUGUCUUGACUAUGAAAUUAGAUUUCUCUGCCCAAAGUAUACCCCAACAGCGUCCUGGUCUUCAUGGAUAGACAGAGACGACCCAAGUGGCACUGGUGACUGGGAGGAUAGAGAGAACCUCGAAAAGGGACUGGUCCAUGCCAUGUCAGAAUCCAAUGGCAAUAGGAUGCAGGACCGUAGGAACCCACAUUCCUGCUUCGAGGACUAACCAGGUGUUUAUGUCAACAGCUGACU